ACAGAGCUCUCUUCAUUACUGUAGGAAUAAAAGAGGAUAGUAGCCUAAUAUUUCAGAAAGAAGGGAGGAGGAGAUUUGCCGACGGCUCUCCUAUUGGUUUAGUGCAGCCGUGAUGGCAUUGAGAUGACGGCUUCAUACUUUAUAAAGCUCCCUCAGAGUGAGGAAACCACUGUGAACUCCUUACAGCUGAAGUUGCGCUGAGGAAAACCCGUGACAUAACACUGAACCAUGAGUGAGAGGCAAGGAUCCGGAGCAGCUGGUGGCAACAGCAAAACCUCUGGGGCGCAAGAUGCAUCUAAAAAAGACGUCCCUGAGGACUUUGACAUUGACAUGGACGCUCCUGAAACCGAGAAGGCAGCCGUCGCUAUUCAAUCGCAGUUCAGGAAGUUCCAGAAGAAGAAAACUGAUGAGAAGUCAUAGUUGCCAGUGGACUUCUCUGUCCGUACGGCCCCAUCAGGACAGCAUGGUUUGAUGUUGCAUGUAAUCGAAUCCAUUCUAUAUGGACUCAAGGAAGGGGGGAUGGGAAAUCAAGGUCGUAAUCUGUCCAUCACUGUUCUAACCUGUUAUUUUACUGCUGUAACCGUGAAUUCCAUAGUUUAUAUUCAUUUUGGUUCCAGCUUUAUUCUCCAUUCUAGCAAAGAAUAUCUGUCUUACUACUGAUGCAUGAUUUUCUAUUGUAACUCAAAGAGCUGGAUUGCCAGCCUGUUCCUUAUUUGUGAAAGCACAAUAUGUUUUUAUUGUGAGCUGCUUACGAAAUUGAUUUUAGUCAGAAACCGUUUGUUAAAUACUGAGCAUUACAUGUACAUAAAUAUAGAGCAGAACUUUAUUUUUGUUUCACACCAUUAGUCUUCAUCUGAUGAAUGCUUUAGCAUACAUUCUCAUCCCAGCAGAGUUUUAAAAAUAGCUCGUCUUUUGAAAGCCAUAUUGUUGAAUAAUUCCCAGCUUAUUUUCCCGAAUCCUCACUGUGUGCUCAGUACUCUUUAUUGAUUCAUUUCUGUGUUGAAUUCCAUGCUGGAUAAAAUUGAUUUGAGAGCGAGUGUUUGAUUGUCUAGUUUGCUGUGGCAUAUCAUAACAUUUCUGUUCAUUUUCUUCCUUUGCAAAGGAUCAUGGCACAAACAUUAGCCAACCAAACACUCUAUCUCACCUCAACUCAGUCUGAAUGAAACAAGAAACUAUUAAUAAACAUCCUUGAGUCUCUGGAACUAAA